UUUACCAAGAAAUCACUCUCCAAUGGAGGGUACAAUCCUUCCAUGCAAAACUGUAACCCCCAAAUUUCCUGAAAUUUCACAAAAUCCUGUAAAAUCCAGGCUCCCUUUCAAAAAUAUCCCCAGAAACGCCCACCUUACUAUUAUGGAUGCCCACUUGACCUACCUCUGCAGAAAUGGACGCCUAACUGAAGCCAUAGCAUCUCUGGACUCUAUAGCGCAAUGUGGGUCCAUGAUAAGUGCCAAAACCUUCUCGUACCUAAUUCAGUCUUGCGUUGAUUCUCAGUCAAUUCAUUUGGGCCGUAAACUUCAUACCCGUAUGAAACAUCUACUAAAAGACUUGGAUCCUUUUACUGAAACCAAGAUUGUAGGCAUGUAUGCGAAAUGUGGAUCUCUUGAGGAUGCAUACAAGAUGUUCGAUGAAAUGUCUGAGAGGAAUUUGUACGCGUGGUCGGCAAUGAUUGGUGCGUGUACGAGGGAGAGAAAAUGGGAUGAGGUGGUUGAGCUGUUUUACUUGAUGAUGAUGGAAGAUGGUAUUGUUCCAGAUGAAUUUUUGUUUCCAAAGAUUUUACAGGCAUGUGGGAAUAGUGGGGAUGUUGAAACAGGGAGGUUGAUUCAUGGCAUUGUGAUAAAAUGUGGGAUGAAUUUUCAAUUACGCGUGAAUAAUGCAAUUUUGGCCGUCUAUGCAAAGUGCGGGUUUUCAGAUUUGGCGAAAAGGUUUUUUGGUAGUAUGGUGCUGAAGGAUACAGUCUCUUGGAAUUCAAUCAUAACAGGGUACUGCCAAAAGGGUGAGCUUGAGAAGGCUCGGAGAUUCUUCGAGUUAAUGCGUGAAGAAGGGUUUGAGCCAAGUUUGGUGACUUGGAAUAUACUCAUAUCAAGCUAUAGCCAGUUGGGGAAAUAUGAUGUGGUGAUGGAAAUGAUGAUAGAGAUGCAAAGUUGCGGGAUACUGCCAGAUGUUUUUACUUGGACUUGUCUGAUUUCUGGGUUUGCUCAGUUUAAUCGAAAGACUGAGGCUUUGGAAUGUUUUGAGAAAAUGCUUUUGGCCGGGGUUCAGCCAAAUGAGGUCACACUUAUCAGUUUGCUCUCUAUGUACGCCUCUCUAAAAGAUUUAAAGAAGGGGAGAGAAUUGCAUGCAUGGGCGUUGAAGGCUGGAUUUGGUGAAAAUCUAUUGGUGGGAAAUUCACUAGUUGAUAUGUACUCUAAAUGUGCUAAAGUUGAGGCUGCUAGGCAAGUCUUUGACAUGAUGUCAGCAAGAGAUAUGUACACUUGGAACUCAAUGAUCGGAGGAUAUUGCCAAGCUGGAUAUUGUGGGAAAGCCCACGACCUUUUUAGGAAAAUGCAGGAGUCAGAUGUGGAGCCAACUGUAAUCACAUGGAACACGUUGAUUUCCGGUUACAUGCAAAAUGGAGAUGACGAUCAGGCCAUGGAUCUUUUCCAAAGAAUGGAGAAGGAUGGACAUAUCAAGCAGGACACAGCAUCUUGGAAUGCUCUUAUAGCAGGCUACUUGUUAACCGGAAACAAAGAUAAAGCAUUGGGGAUUUUCCGACAAAUGCAAUCUUUAUGUGUAAAACCAAAUUCAUUUACCAUUUUGAGCAUUUUACCUGCUUGUUCCAAUUUGAUUGCAGCCAAAAAGGUGAAGGAAUUGCACUGUUGUGUGUUGCGCAGAAAUUUGGAUUGUGAAUUGUCAGUUGCAAAUUCUCUUAUCGAUACUUUUGCCAAGUCAGGUAAUAUAAAGUAUUCCAGAACCAUAUUCAACAGUUUGUUGGCAAAAGAUAUAAUCACCUGGAACACACUGAUUGCUGGUUACGUUAUACAUGGUCGCGCAGUUGAUGCAAUUGAGCUGUUUAACGACAUGAGUCAUACUGAACUUAAACCAAAUAGAGGUACUUUUGUGAUAAUGAAUUAUCGUUUUCAGGAAUACGGAAAACAUUCCAUUUCUGUAGGUCCAUGGGGAGGUCAAGAUGGAUAUCACUGGGACGAUGGAGUAUACUCCACUGUCAGGCAAUUGGUGAUAGCUCAUGGUGCAGGCAUUGACUGCAUUCAGAUUGAAUAUGACAGGAAUGGCACCUCAAUGUGGUCAGAAAAGCAUGGCGGCAAUGGAGGCGCUAAAAUUGACAAGGUCAGGCUAGAUUAUCCGAACGAGUUUCUAACGUCCAUUCAUGGAUUUUAUGGUAGCUUGCAAGAAUGGGGGCCUAUCUUUAUUCGAUCUCUUACAUUUGAAAGCAACAAAAGAUCAUACGGACCUUAUGGUAUCGAACAGGGGACGUACUUCACAUUUCCAAUGACUAAAGGCAAAAUUGUAGGGUUCCAUGGAAACUGUGGCUGGUUUCUAGAUGCUAUAGGAGUUCAUUUGGAGCCUCUCACCAACCUGAUUCCAUCAAAUUCCAUAAUGCAUUCGCAAAACUAUGUUGUCCAGGGGGCGGAAACAUACGAGUACUCAAUGCUACAAGGUAAUCUCGGGAAUAGCUAUGAUCUGAUUCUUGCAGUGAGGCAGAAGGGGCAGUAUCGUAGUAAUUCUACUCCAGAAAAUUGGUCGAGGCAAACUUCAAACUCAAGCGAGUUCAGCCGGGUGGAAUCCCAAAACAAGGAUGUCGAUGUGGUUCCGUCCAAGAUUUCGAGAGUACCCUCAGAAAAUGUACAAGGAGUCAUGACAUAUGGACCCUGGGGUGGUAACGGUGGCACUCUGUUUGAUGAUGGAGUCUAUGACGGAAUCCGGGAAAUUCACUUAUCUAGAAACAUAGGAAUCGUUUCCAUAAGAGUUUGUUAUGAUCUGAACGGGCAGCCUCAAUGGGGAAGCAAAAAUGGCGGUAGUGGUGGAUAUAAAUCUGACAAGAUAGUCUUCAACUAUCCAUCUGAAAUCUUGACUCACAUAACAGGCUACUAUGGCCCUGCAAUGGGUAUGGGGCCUAAUAUUAUCAAAUCUCUGACUUUCCAUACUACAAACUGGAAACACGGUCCCUUUGGAGAUGAACAAGGACAAUCAUUUUCGACCAAACUGAGAGGGGGAGUGAUUGUGGGAAUUCAUGGACGGAAGGGAUUGUUUCUUGAUGCAAUUGGUGUUCAUGUAUUAGAAGGCAAAGCCACUCCAGUAUCAAGUUCUCCAUCCGGCUCCAUUGCUCAGAGAGGACCGUCCAUCAAUGAAGCUGACAACACUCCACAAUGGUCCUUCAAAUUAGGAAGGCACGGACUAAUGCAGGAGGCUGUCCAGCGAGUAGUGAAAGAUCCAGCUCCUUACGGACCAGGUCCAUGGGGCGGUGUGGGUGGGAAACCAUGGGACGAUGGAGUAUUCACAGGGAUUAAACAGAUUAUUUUGACUAUGAGAGAGGCCAUCUGCAGCAUGGAAAUUGAGUAUGAUAGAAACGGACAAUCUGUGUGGUCAGUGAGACAUGGUGGUAAUGGUGGAGUAACAGCAACCAGGGUAAAACUAGAGUAUCCUCACGAGGUAUUAACUCGAGUAAGUGGAUACUAUGGUCCUGUCAACAAAGACCAGGGGACACAGGUCAUCAAAUCUUUAACCUUUCACACGAGUAGGAGGAUGUGUGGUCCGUUUGGCGAGGAGUUGGGAAACUAUUUCAGCUCAACAACCACAGAAGGAAAGGUGGUAGGGUUUCAUGGGAAGAGUGGGAUGUACCUGGAUGCCAUCGGAGUGCAUAUGCAACAUUGGCUGGGGAAUCAAAGAUCGUCCAGACCAUCAUACCUCACGAAAAUAUUCUCUUGAUCAUUCAUUCAUGCUUCAGUUUUUUCCCUUUUUUUUUUAUCCAUUUAGCUGAACAUUACAUCCGAGAACUGCAGGAACAGCAGUACCGAUUUCAGUAUUGUUUAACUUCAAUUUUUAUCCUCUCGAGAUAAUUACUGAGAAAUAGGAUAUCCAGCCUUGACCAA